AUGACGGCCGUUGAUUCUCCAGUUGUCUCCUCAGAGUCCGCAGUUGUCAAGAUGGAGGACCGGAAGAGGCCGGCGGCGGAGAACAAUGAGUCGGCCCCGCCGUCGAAGAAGCAAGCUACCACUGUCAACGGUGGUAGCAAACCCCACCCAGAUGCAGAUAUGCCAUGGCGCGAUGACUUGGAGCGCUUUCAAAAAGAUGCCAUCCUCCGCCAGAUGCAAGAAUACAAGCGCGAAAAAGCCAGUCUUGAGUCACAAUUGAACCGAAUGACCAAAGCUGCCGCCUAUCAUGACGAUCAUCUUCGUGCUAUUGAUGCGUGGUUUCAUCAGCUCGUCGACGAAGUCAAAACGUUGCUUGGCCCCUCGCACGAACGCUCGAGGCAAUCAACCUUCAAAAGCUCUCUCCAAUUCGCCGACAUCGAUGAAUUUGAGGCUCAUUUGAAAACGCGUUCUGAGGAAAUCCGCGAAAUCAUCACUUACUUUCAGUCCAGUGUGGACAGGCUGUCACCAGAUGUUACGAGUCUUCAGGGAGAAUUAGCGAAGAAACUUGCGGAAGAAAAAGUCACGAUUGCCAAACUGGAACAGACCAUUGCCGAGAAGCAGCAACUAGAAGAAAGCUUAGAGGCAGCUUCACUUCGUUACAUGGUCGCUGAAAAGAAGCUCGAUCGGGCACGCAGUUUGACAGUUGCCAAGUUGGAAAAACAAUAUUUGCUAGGGGGACAGCGCUCCGGUUCUGAAAAUGUCGGGACCAGACGCGACGAGUCUUCUCCCACAAAUGGCGGGGCAUCUACCGCUGAGCGAAGUACGGAACUGGAAGAAUCCUACAAUAAAUUAAAAGUGGUAUCGGAGAAGCAAAAAGAGCAGCUCUCGAAGUUGGAAGCUGAAAACGCCACACUCCUCGCCCAGAUUACCGAUGUGCAAGUGAAGUCUUCCAAACUUACCGAUGAUGAUUACGCUCACACUGAUCUUUUCAAACAACUUCGAUCCCAACACGACGAUGUGGUGAAGCGCUUGAAUCACUUUGAAGCAUCGAACGCACAACUACGUGUGGAGGUUGAAAAAUACAGCUCAGAAAGAAAUGCCUACAAACUUCAAUUAGAGGAGGAAUCCAAUGCUGCAAUUGCGGAGAAGGAAGCAGCACUAAUGAGAGCUGAAUCAGACCUGGCGCGGAUACGCAACACUCGGGAUGAGCUUUUCGCAGAUCAGCAAAUACGGAAGACAAGCCAAGAUCAGGAAAAAUUGACCGGUGCAAAGCUGCAGGAACUGGCAGAUGCGAGGGAGGCGCGUAUCGCAGCCCUGGAGUCCGAAGUUGAGAGGUUGCGAGUCCAAGAAGUAGGAUCAACAACGACCGAAGAGAUUGAUAAGCUUUCUACUGAAGAGCUUCGCGCCAAAUAUGCCAGUCUCGACCGUCAGUAUUCAAUGCUCAACACGGAGUUGACAUCCAUGCAAACGGCUUACAAGAAAUUCUCGACGCUCGCCUCGCAGAAGGUGACUGAUUUCAAAGCUUGGGAAGACAAGGUCGCACGUUUGACCGCCGAAAAGUCAAAGGCCGACCAGAAGUAUUUUGCCGCUAUGAAGAGCAAAGAAGCUCGGGACGCCGAGGUUCGCACCCUUCGUAUGCAGAACUCCAAGACAUCCGAUAUUGUGUCUCAAUUGAAGGAAUCCGAAGCUGCUACCCGGUCUCUGCUAUUGAAUAUGGAUAAGCAAGUGAACGAGAUGAAGGAGGCUCUGAAGUCGGCCUCUGACAAGCAGCGGAACAGCCAGCAGCAACUCACGGAGAGCAAUAUCGCCGUGGAAGGCUUGAAAAAGCAGGUAGCGGAAUUAAAGAAUCUUUCUACGUCGAAGGAUGCAACUUUGAGCAGCACAUCGGCCGCGUUGCGGCAAGCAGAGACGGAACUCGUCGGCCUGAAGCAGACCCUCACGGAUACGAAGAAGAGCUUGGAUAACUGGAAAAACAAGAGUCUUGGGAACAAUUCCUCUGAAUAUGAGAUGCUACGGACUCUUGCGCUCUGCACCGUCUGUCGUCGCAAUUUCAAAAACACCGUCAUCAAGACCUGCGGCCACGUGUUUUGCAAAGACUGCGUCGAGGAGCGACUCACUUCUCGGUCUCGAAAGUGCCCUAAUUGUAAUAGAUCCUUCGGAAGCAACGACCACAUGCACAUUACCCUGUGA